ACGUUACAACCUCGUAAAUAUAUUUUCACUCGCGUAUUUCGGCUUUCUGAUGAACUGUCGCCAUGUUUGUUCAGCGGCUUGAUUUUUAAUUCAGGGGCAUAUCUUCGCCUCUACAAAUAUGUUAAUAAUAGUUGGUCGAAAAAGAAAAGGAGAAUCAACUAAAUGAAAUUUACAAAACCAGUCUAACUAGUGGUUACAACAAAGAUUGCUCAGCUCUGGUGAAGUGAACAUGCCGUUGGCGUCGGUCCUGAACUGUCCUACAGUACCACUUUCCAAUGGUCUGCAGAUCCCCGUGCUUGGUUUGGGCACAUCACAUAAUGGUGGUUACUCCCACGAUGCAGUUAUGUAUGCGUGUGUGCCGUGCUAUUGGGGUCAGCAAUUUUCUGGUCCACCACCUGGAACAGCUGAAAGAAGACUGUACUGUGAUACCACAUGUUAACCAGGUUGAGUACCAUCCUUUCCAGCAGCCAAAUCACCUGAUUCAGUACUGUCGUCAGGAGGGAAUUGUGUUUGAAGGGUAUAGUCCUCUGGCCAAGGGUCAAGUCUUCAACAAUCCCACUGUUCUCCAGAUAGCGGAAAAGCACAGACGCACGCCAGCUCAGAUUUGCAUCCACUGGAGUAUUCAGAACGGAGUUGUGACAAUACCAAAAUCGACCAAAAAGAAGAGGAUACAAGAAAACUGUGAA